AGACUCCACGAAUCAUGACGACAUAUACCUCUCACUCAACGAAACUUAUCGCUCCGCACAUCUUCGAGAGGCUGCCCGAGUAUCAGAGCUCCGUGGCGGUGGUAUCAACAGGUGACGAAGCUCUUGAGUGGACGUAUGCGGCGUUGCUGCGUCGAGCUUUCACGCUUCGUGAAGUUCUGCAAGAAAAACUGCCAACGGAUGAAGAGCAGCCUCGAGUGGCGCUGCUUGGAGCUCGUGGGGCGUCGUAUCUGAUCAUCCAGUGGGCCAUUUGGCUGGCGGGGGGCAUUGCGGUGCCUCUGCAUCCUGCGCAUCCGGCAGACGAGAUGGACUACAUUGCGGCGGACUCUGGGGCGACAUUGCUCGUUGUUAAUGAGUCAUUUAUGACGCCAAACUCCAAGUUGAAGGAGUAUGUGGAUGGACUGCCAGCAAGAUUAAACGUCGAGGUGAUUGUGAGGCCUGAUAAUGUCAAAGGAGGCGACGACAAGGCGUUGUCGAAUGAGCAAGAGAAACAAGUGCUGCAGUGGCUAGACUCUACGGAUUACAGCACGGCUGGGGCGUAUAUGAUCUAUACGAGUGGCACAACUGGACGUCCCAAGGGGGUAGUCACCACUCAUGCGGCUUUGACAGCGCAGAUCAGUGACUUGGUGACGGCGUGGGAGAUGAAUUCUAGCGACCACUUGAUCCACUUCCUGCCUCUUCAUCAUGUGCACGGCAUCCUCAACAACAUGCUGUGUGUGAUGUAUGCUGGAGGGUCUGUGGAGCUCCUGCCAUUCGCCAAGCCUUCUCUUAUCUGGUCGAAGCUGGGCCAAGCUGCAGCCGCCAGACGUCCCGUCUCCAUGUUGAUGGCUGUGCCGACGGUGUACAUGAAGUUGCUGGAAGACUUGGAGAAGCAGCCACAGGACGAUCCAAAGGUCCAGAGCGCGUUGAAAGGCGCACGUGACUUGCGAGUGGCGAUCAGUGGAUCGAUGGCGUGUCCCGUGUCCAUUUUAAAUCGCUGGGAGAGUCUGACGGGGCUUCGAUUGCUUGAACGCUACGGCAUGACGGAGCUGGGAAUGGUGUUGACGAACCCUCUGCAUGGCGAGCGCCACUUGGGAUACGUUGGUAACCCGUUCCCGAGUGUUUCUGUUCGCGUCGUGGAUCCCGACACAGAAACCGAGCUUGCACUAAGCGACGAAAAGGAAGGAGAGCUGCGUGUCAAGGGACCGUCGGUGUUUCGUGAGUACUGGAGGAAGCCUGAAGCUACAGCCAAGGAGUUCGAUGCCGACGGCUGGUUCAAGACAGGUGACAUCGUUCAGUAUAGCAACGAGCUCAAGAGCUUUCGCAUCCGUGGACGAGCGAGCGCUGACAUCCUCAAGACGGCAGGCUACAAGGUGUCAGCUCUGGAUGUCGAACGUGUAUUGCUGACUCACCCGCAGGUACUUGAAUGCGCUGUCUUCGGACUGCCGGACGAAACGUGGGGGCAGAUCGUUGCCGCUGUCAUUCGCUCCGACGUUAAAGGCGAUAAAGUUUUUCCGAAGAUGUUUACACCACCACUGGUGGAUUUUUCGAAAGAGCACCUCGCGAGUUAUCGAGUGCCGCGAAAAUACUUCUUCGUGGAGGAGAUCCCCAAGAACGCGAUGGGUAAAGUGAACAAGAAAGCGCUGGCAAAGAUCUACUCAGAGGAGUAAGUUUAAUUAUCCGAUCUCUUGGUAAAAGUGCACGACAACUGUGUGAGUUAGCGCGAGCGCUUCGGUGAAAAGAUAAGUUCACGACGACCAUCCGUUUGUUUCGUCAACUCUCUGGUAGUGGCCGUGGAAGGAACUUCGAGCUGUAGUUGAGCAAGAUCAGCUACUGGUGAGCUGCCACUGCCAGCACUAAUCAUAAUAAAGUGUUGAGUAUGGGCUACAGAA